ACGCUAUUUUUGUCCCCGUGCGUAGUGUUUUGUUUGCCUUUCCCAUUCAUAAAAAGAGGUAAACAAACCCCCUCUCCACUAGGGUAGUUUUGUGUGGGUGCGUGUGUGCACAAUUUGACAGUUGUUAAUGUCAGCACACGUGCAAGAUCAAAACAAGCUCUCGAAUGCGCUUGCCGUGCAGGCGCAAUAUUUUUACCGGCUUUGUGGUGAUUGGAAGAAUUACACAAUACUGCAGCAGUGCGCAAAAUGUUGGUAAAUGGACACAGAUGGGCACGAUGUUGUCGAACGAUGCUAAACUCGGUACAGGUUGCAUCGCGCGCAACGAACGGUGUCCGACGAAUAUUGGUUCCCUGUAGCACCGCAGUCGAAUCGUACCGGGGUAAGAAAGAUGAUAGCAAACUGUUUACUCCAAUUCCUAUACGACCCAGCCCGGAUGAUAUAAAUGUUGGUGCCGAGCUGACGGGCGUGUUAGAUAAGGCGGAAAUGCUGAAGGUGAUAUUGAAGUUCAGUAACCGGAAAGAAAUCAAGUUCCUCUGUCUGGAAAAUGGGAUCGAUUCGAAUCUCCAACAGCAAGCGUUUAUUAGCUUUCGAAAGUACUGUCUCGAAACGGAUGCAUUACCGGCCGACCUGCACGUUGUGCUCAGUGACAUACUGCAGGGAGCGGGUCACGUAGAUGAUGUCUUUCCAUACUUUUUACGGCACGUGAAGCAAAUUUUUCCCCAUCUCGAGUGCAUGGACGAUUUGAAGAAAAUAUCGGACCUUCGCCAACCGGCCAACUGGUACCCGAAUGCGCGAGGCAUGAACCGUAAGGUGAUUUUCCACUCCGGUCCAACGAAUUCGGGUAAAACGUAUCACGCUAUGGAACGCUUUCUCACAGCUAAAUCGGGUGUGUAUUGUGGUCCGCUGAAAUUACUGGCCAGUGAAGUGUACAACAAGAGCAAUCAGCGAGGAACGCCCUGCGAUCUGGUGACCGGUGAGGAACGUAAAUUUGCUAAUGCGGAGGGCAAACCGUCUGCUCACGUGGCUUGCACAGUAGAGAUGACUUCCAUCAAUACGCCUUAUGAAGUUGCUGUAAUUGAUGAAAUACAGCUGCUGAAAGAUGUUGGGCGUGGAUGGGCAUGGACGAGAGCAUUUUUGGGAUUGAUGGCGGAAGAAAUUCACGUGUGCGGUGAACCAGGCACGGCCGACCUGCUACAGAAGCUGUGUGAAACGACACACGAAUCACUCGAGGUGCGCAACUACAAACGGCUCACGCCACUGCACAUCGAGGAUCAAGCACUGCAAACGCUAGAUAACGUUCUGCCGGGUGACUGCAUUGUGUGCUUCAGCAAGAACGACAUUUACGCAGUCUCGCGAGAGAUUGAAGCUCGUGGCAAGGAAGUGGCAGUCAUUUACGGUGGUUUACCGCCCGGCACCAAACUAGCACAGGCAGCCAAAUUCAACGAUCCGAACAACAGCUGCAAGGUGCUGGUAGCUACGGAUGCUAUUGGUAUGGGGCUAAACCUGAGCAUACGGCGCGUUAUCUUCUACUCCAUGAUCAAACCAACGAUGAACCAGAAGGGUGAGAAAGAGAUGGACACAAUUUCGGUAUCGGCGGCACUUCAGAUUGCAGGUCGAGCCGGUCGGUAUGGCAUGAAGUGGGAAGAGGGUUAUGUGACGACAUUCAAAGCGGAAGAUUUGCCAACACUGAAAGGCAUUCUUGCCCAGACACCGGAACCGCUCGCCCAAGCUGGUCUGCAUCCGACCGCGGACAUGAUCGAACUGUACGCUUACCAUCUGCCAAACGCAACUCUCAGCAAUUUGAUGGAGAUUUUCGUGUCACUCAGCACGGUGGACGACUCGCUGUACUUUAUGUGCAAUACGGAGGAUUUCAAAUUUCUGGCCGAAACGAUUCAGCACGUACCGUUACCACUGAGGGCGCGCUAUAUUUUCUGCUGCGCUCCGAUCAAUCGUAACAUGCCGUUCGUGUGCUCCAUGUUCCUGAAGUACGCACGCCGGUACAGCCGCAACGAGCCGGUUACGUUCGAUUGGCUGUGCAAUCAGUGUGGUUGGCCGUUCCAGCUACCGCGCACCAUCAUCGAUCUCGUGCACCUCGAGGCGGUGUUCGAUGUGUUGGAUCUGUACCUUUGGUUAAGCUACCGGUUUCCGGACCUGUUCCCGGACGAGAAGCUGGUGCGCGACAUACAGCGCGAGCUGGACGACAUCAUACAGCAGGGCGUGUUUCAAAUUACGAAACUGUUGAAAAACUCCGAAACGGCCGUUUCCACCAACACGCCCGAUGAGGACUCGUUCGUGAUGCGGCAGAAGAAGAGCAAGUACUAUCGGGAGGCAGGUGCCGGUGCAGGUGGGACGCGUGGAAGACUAACGGAGCGUUUGCUGGCACAGGGAUUGCUGACACCUGCCAUGCUGCAGGAGCUGAAGCAGGAAUGGGACCAGCAAGCGAAACGUACGGGGAAGGGUGGCGCGGCCGAAGAUGAUGACGAUCCGUUCGAUGGUGGCAAGAAAGGAUCAUCGGGCCGUCGAAAAAUGACGCGUGGCAAAGGAAAGUAAUAAAUAGAUUACCGGAACGAUAAUACUAUCGAAACUGGAGAAUAUUACCCCGUCACUAAACGCUUAGCAAAUUGUCGCGUUUGCGAACGCGAUUCAGAAAAUUUUUGCUAAACUCCAUAUAAAAAAAAUGCAAAAACUGCGCUAUACGUGUAUUUUCUGCGCGAAUUGACGCCAUGACAGUUUUCUGUAGUGGGGACCAGGAUAGCUCGAUUUUGCUGGCAAUAACAACCCCCGGUCAUGCAAAAGGGA